AUGGCUACCGUAGGACCUAUCAUCAUAUCCGUCAAUCCUGCUGCUGCACACGAAACACCCAAUGGGAACAACGAUGCCGUCAUCUCGGACCUAGCUAAACAAAUCAUUGAAAAGAGUAAGAGUUCUACUCAACAAGUCGUCCAACUUUGCGGUGAAACAGGUGCAGGUAAAACAGUGUUCGCCAAUCGACUCGUUUCUAAUCUCUUCCUCGCUCAAACAGAAACCGAAACAGAAACCGGCGCUGGUUUUCAUCAUGGAUUUUCGACCGCGACCGCCGGUCAAGGGAACGAUGAUACGGAACGUCAACAACUCGUCGAAAGGUUCGAAAAAGGGAAUCAAGUGAUUGAAUUGUUCGGGAAUGCUAGGACACGUAUGAACCCUAAUUAUUCUAGCCGGCCCGGGAUCAUAAACCGUCUUAAAAGGCUCAAUAUCAACUCUCUUCUGCUAGUGAGAGUUGAUCUCGCUACAAGUACCGGUCGUGACAAUAUCACUCUCGACCAAUCUCACCCCCUGGGUCCCAUACCAACAGGAAUGACGAUCGACAUUGACGCAUGGGAGAAAUCGAGGAGAGAUGAGAAUGACACGUCGAGAGAUGAGAAGAAAGAUGACGAGAAGAAAGAGAACGAUGGGAAUAACAGGCCGAGAGAUGAGAAUGAAACGUCGAGAAAUGAGAAGAAAGAUGAAAAAGAAUGGUUAUCAACAUUAUCAUCACUCUCUACCUUUUUCCCAAAUGAUACCUUGACACAAGUCGUAAAGAUCUUACAUUCCGUUUGUCUCCUUAACCAGUUAUUCGAUACCGUCCCUACUCCUAUUCCUACCACCGCUAUCAACCCAUCUACUCCUAUUCCUACCUCUACCACCACAGUCACGCCCACGGUCGGGACGGACGAAAAGGAAAAGAAACCAUAUCAAGAUAUCAUCGAACAAACGGAGGAAAAGAAAUCACAUCAAGAUAUCAACGAUCGAAAGGAAAGUGAAGAGAUAAGUCGAACGGAAAGGGAAGAGUUGAUAACACAAGUUGGCAAACUACUCGGAUGGGUCAGAGAGUUGACUGGGAAUUUAUAUGAGAGUUUGUUCCAGUUGGUACUCGCCCGGGUCAAUCAUUGUUUAUCGCUCGUCAUUUCCCGAACCAAUAUCAAUUACAAUCCCGACCGAGUUCAAGAUAAACGUAAAGGGGUAGAAUCAAAAGUUUUGAUAUAUGAUAGUCCCGGGUUCGAACUCGUUGACAAGAUGGGUUUAGAUCAAUUACUUUAUAAUAUACUAGGAGAGGCUAUGGUCGCUACCGGAAUCAACACGGAUACGGAUACGGAUAGAGAGACAGAAAAGAAGAUGAAAGGAUCAACAGAAGAAAUGAAAAAUAAAAACAUGUCACAAGCUGCUCAUCGAUUCAAACCAAUUUUACAUGCUCUAACUCUAUCAACAAGUGAUCCUCUUUCUAGAUCUCUGACUUAUCAUUUCGAAAAAGUGAUCAAACAACCUUUCCCUCCCAGUCCCAUCCCUCGGGUCAAUCCUUUCGACUCGCUUUAUGACGAGCUCUCGGGAGAAGAUGAGAUGAAAAUCAAGGAAGAAAUAAAAAUACCGGAAUUGACUGAAUCAAAAGAUGAAGAUAAAGAUAAAUUACAACUUGUCGUUCAUCAUCUCGUGGGACAUGACGUGAAGUAUGACGCGACGGAUAUGGUGGUUCAUAAUGAUCCUGCGGUGGAUGAAGGGGUUGAAGAGUUUGUUUUGAGUUGCGAGACGAUGAUCAGGUUGGGUGAACGAGCAAGAUCGUACUCUACCUCGGCUUCGAAUUCAAUUCGAAUAGAACGAGGAGAAGCAGAAGGAAAGGGAGAAGGAGAAGGAGAAGAUCAUGAACAAGAAGAAGAAGAAUACGACGACGACGACGAAGAAGAAGAAGAAGAAGAACGCUCCCCUACCGGCUCAGCAUCUUCAAGACUCCGAGCUCUCAUAGCUCAAUACUUCAUCGCUCAUAGGGGUUCUGAAUACGCUUAG